UAUUUGUUAGUUGUAAAUAAAUCUGAUCAGUAUUUCAAUUUACUAUGGUUAAUAUUUGCGUAGCGCUACAUAAUAAUUGCAUCGAGUGAAUGUGUAUCAAUUAAACUUGGUUUAAAAUUGUUUUGUAGAACGAGGCUUAAUCAUCAAAGUUGUACAAGUUGUGACGGUUGUAGAAAAGUUGAUCAAAGUGUUUCUGGAGGAUAAUAAAAAGUUUAAAUUCGCGAUUUAGUAAAUUUGAGUCGACCUCGAAUGUGUGAAUGUUAUUAAUGUAUUUGACACUAAUAACCUAUCAUAUUAUCUGAAGCGUUAAGCGAUAAACAGGUAUGCUUGAUCUAUAUUAUGUUUUUCCCUCAGGAUUUAGGUCAAGUACGUUUUAACGUGACAGCUAUUUAUGAUUAGAGAUCCCUCUAAUUAUUAUUCAAAACACAACUGUAAACAAGUGAUUGGCUAAGUAAUUGAGCGUGAAAUAGGUGAUUCGUUUGAAUUCGCAAUAAUGUAAAAAUAUUCUCAGUCAUUCACCUCUUCGAUCUAAAUAUUUCAUCGACCCACUUCCACCUUGUCCUCCCAUACAUCGAUUUUGAGCCCUGGAAGUUAUGAAUGGAAUUGGUGUGUAGAUGUAAGAUUUCGCUAUACCAUCCUCCGGAAGUUAUAUGGCCUAAAAGUUCGCGCAUAUAUAGUAAGUGGAUCAAUAAGGUUGAGAUACGGCCGCCAAUAGGACGGCAGCUUGUUGAAUAUGCCGCCAAUGGUGACGUGUUGGCGCAUUUCUAUGAUACCACCCCACCAGUCUCCAGUUCAUUGAUAACGUGUGGGUGCCACGGGAGGGGAAUACUUUCUUAUAAAUAGGGGUUGCUGCCAGAGGGAAACACAUUUCGGCUACAGAGCCAGGUUAUUGCUGAUUUGUCACCAAAGGACUAAAGUGUUACGCUCCCACACGCCAACAAUGAUGGCGUUGCAAAUGUUGCUAAUCCUCCAAGUAAUUGUCAUUCUUUUCUCGCCUUCUUUGUCUUACCCGGUUUAUGGAACGAAAAGGUACGGCCGUUCUUCAGGCCAACGAGUCUCUUCUUGGGCGCCAUACCAAAUGCCAAACUUAUCCCGAAGACUACUAUCCUCAAGAAACUUACCCAGUCUACUACCCCCCGGCUAGAACCUCCAAAUACGAAGUGUACCAAGCAGUCCUCCCUUACUAUUACGGCGACCACAUGAUGACUCGCCCCAAUUACGGAUACUAUGACACUGACCCACUCGACAUACAAGAAGAAAUGAUGCAAGAAGCGGAAAGAGAAGAACGAGAAGACGCCCAACCGAUCGGACACGAACUUCUCUACGAAAACGAAGAUCCCAAUGAAGAGAAUCUGGAUGAUGUCAAUGCAGCAUUCCUUCAAAAUCUCAUCAUGUCACAAAUGUACAAAGAGGCAUUAGAUAACCAGAAAGAUUAUUACGAUGAUUACUACUCGAACGAAGAAUAUGGAAAAUGGGAGGAUGUCCCGAAACAAAAGUCGCGUUAUAGUCAAGAGGAUGAAGACGUUAGAGAAUUAAAACAGUUGGUGAAGUCAAAAAAUAAGCCCAACUUAGACGAGAUUCAUUGGUUCCAGCACGGUAAUUUUCGAAAACAGAAAGAACAACAAAGUAAAAAUAGCUACACUGAAAAGCGCGAUAAAACUUUCGAUAGAAAACCAGUAAAUAAAUUGACGACGACUACUACUCCACCUCCUGCUACUUCUCUGGAGCCAAAACGAAACGUGAGGGGUCAGAAAGAAGAAGUUUUGAUGCGUCCGGCGACUCCUGUGAGACAUCCGUUCUCCAGUCCUGUCCUUGAGAUGAUGUCGAAGGAUGACGAAAGGAAGCGGACGCCGUCUGUCUAUGACACCAUCAAGCAUAUGCUCGAUAUGGAGAAGAGUCUUGAAAAUAAAUACGGAGCGGACGAAAUUAGACCGCAUAUGAAGAAACGAAUCAUUUCGAGCGAGGAAAGCCUCACCCAUCAACUGUCAGUGCUGAAAAAGGGACAGUAAGAGAGAAUUUUUCGUAGAUUGUUGCAAUUAAGACUGAAGAAUUAGUAUUAAUUUUGUUGUUGACAAUGUUAAGAUUGGCUUCAGUUCCACUGUCAUUUUGCUUCUCGUAAUCCUUCCAUUAUGGCUCUUUGCUGCCUGAGUGUACAUAUAAUAACAAUAAUCGUCGGUGUUAUUCUGUAUAUUGCGUGUCAAUUUCAAUUACUCAUUCCUCCGGGGUUACGUUGACUUUUUAUUUAACCGGUUCGGAAAAUGGGACACUUUGAUUUGAUUAUUUCCCUACUGUUAAAUAAAAAGUUCCAGAGGAGACAAUAAUGGUUGUUUGUAUGUUUAAGGAGAUGUUCUAGGUAACUCACGAAAUUUGUUGUGGGCACAAUAAUCUCAGAUCGAUAUUUAUUAUUGAUUUCUGCAGCAAAGUAGGCAUUCACAUUAGAGCUUGAACCAUGACAGGGUUCCACGGUUUGUGGGUUUCGUUUAAGCACACAUUUUCCGGGCUUUAUUUUCAAAUAAUAGGCAGGAUGGAUUGUCGAGGGCGUACAGAGGUGCAUGUAUGCCUAUUAUAAUUCUUCACAUUGCAGACGCAAUCUGUGAUACAGAGAAACAAGGACUGUGCUUAUUACAGUAGUCUCAUUGUCGCAAAAUCGGUGUCCCAGUUUAGCUCACUGUAGCCAUACACAAUUUCAGUGGCACAACUUUUCAUCUAGAAAAAGUGUUUAUUGUUCUCUAAGUGAUUGUUGGAAUUUCUCGAAGCUCUUCCAUUUACGCGCUUUCAGUCAAUCAGUGCAAAUGCUUGGUGUUCCUUACAGCAUUAGAAGCUUCUAUAUUUUUUUAAUAGAUAUUCAUAGAAGAAGUAUAUUUUUGCCGGAUAUUUUCCCACCGGCUUUUUUCGCAAUUUCCCAGUCUGGUUCUGUCAAUUCCGCGACAUAUCAGGCAACAUUUUGCAUUCCCAAUAGGUCAGAUUCUACAAGAACGAACCAGAGGAAAAUUUCGAAUUUCAUUCAAUCAAAAUAUUUUGAAGUAGAUAAUUAGUAGCUGCUUCUUGUUGAUAUUAUUGAAGAAUAAAUUCAUCAAUGAUUGAGACAUAAUUGCGCAUUUUGGAAAUUAUAUAUCGUAAUUUUCAAAAUGUUGUAGCUGUUUUAGAAAUGAAAAAAUGUACAUAUCCCUGCAUAUUUUGUACCAAAUGUAAAUACUAUAUUUUGAUAUAUCGUAGAAAUAGCUGAAGUACUGUAAUAGUUCUAAAUGAAUAAAGACACUCUUAUUCGAUCGAAUAAGACCUCACGCUAAUCUGUGUAUAUAAAGUAUUAAAUUAUUAUAACCUACUGACUGAUAUAAUAAAUGUC